AUGUCGUCCGCCUACAGCGAUAAUUCUUUUCUUAAUCCAGGGCCAGCCCCAAGACCUCCAGGAACUCGUUCGCCGCUAAGCGUAAACUCUAACUCUAACCAGAGCAACCAUCAUCCACAACCCUCCACCUCAUCCACUCUCACCUCCUCAACAAUUGUUUCCCCUUCACCUUUUGGUUCAACAAUUAGUUUAGUGUCAACCUCGACCGGCAUAAUGAACAGCGGAGGAGGAGGCGGUAGCGGUUCGUCAUUUUCUCAAGAUAGGAGAAUCCGCGAAGGUUGGGCAACCAUCAAGGAGGAUGGACUCAAGUCUUUGUAUUGGGCGAAAAAGUACAUCAUUUUGCGCGAAGUUUCUUUGGACUUUCUCAAGACCGAAUCAUCAUCUUCCCCCACAUUGUCUGUUUCCCUUAAGGAUAUUGUGUCAGUUAAUCGCACCGACAUGAAACCGUACUGCUUUGAGGUUGUCAGAAUGGCCUCUUCUCAGAACGGUGCUAGCUCGAUGGCUUCAGACGCUCCUAGGAGAACAGUAUUUGUUUCUGUCAAAUCUGAACAGGAGUUAUAUGACUGGGUUGAAGACGUUUAUUCUAGGUGUCCUUCUAUGGGCGGGGUUAGUAACCCCACGAACUUUACUCAUAAAGUCCAUGUCGGGUUCGAUCCCGUCAGCGGUGGAUUUACGGGACUUCCCGAAGAGUGGAGCAAGCUUUUGAACUCCAGCGCCAUCACUAAGGAAGAUUACCAGAAGAACCCCCAGGCUGUUAUUGAAGUGUUGGAGUUUUAUACCGAGGGUCAGCGUGGUUUGAAUAGCCAGAAUGCCCAACGGAGCCAGCAACCGCCCCAACAGCCACAAAAUUUGCGCGCGCCCUCUCAGUCGAGCCAACAGAGCAGCAGCAGCAACAGCAGGCGAGACCACCCGCCGGUGCUGCUAAGCAACAGCCACAGACCCAAGCUCAGGCUUCCCGUAUUCCAGCACCUACAACCCCUACUAUUAAGCCACUUAAUGUUCCCACUAAAGCAGCCCCAUCCAAAGAGGCUGUCAUGA